AUGGCCAAGGGAGCGAAGGGCCCCAAGGGCAAAAAGAUCACCCUCGCCGUGGCCAAGAACUGUAUCAAGAUCACAUUUGAUGGAAAGAAACGCCUCGACUUGAGCAAGAUGGGAAUUACCACCUUUCCCAAGUGUAUUUUGCGACUCACAGAUGUGGACGAGCUCGACCUCAGCCGGAAUUUGAUCAAGAAGAUCCCUGACGCCAUCUCCAAGUUCCAGAACCUGCGGUGGCUGGAUCUGCACAGCAACUACAUUGACAGGCUCCCUGAGACCAUCGGCCAGAUGACCUCCCUGCUCUACCUCAACGUCAGCAACAACAGGCUGACCACCAACGGGCUGCCCGUGGAGCUCAACCAACUCAAGAAUAUCCGCACUGUGAACUUAGGCCUGAACCAUCUGGACAGCGUGCCCACCACACUGGGCGCUCUGAAGGAGCUCCACGAGGUGGGGCUCCAUGACAACCUGCUGAGUAACGUUCCCAACAGCAUCUCCAAGCUCCCCAAGCUGAAAAAGCUCAACACAAAGCGAAACCCCUUUCCCAAGGCAGAGUCAUCGGAUAUGUUCAUGGAUUCCAUCAAGAGGCUGGACAAUCUAUAUCUGGUGGAAGAGAAGGAUCUGUGUGGGACUUGCCUGAGAAAAUGCCAACAGGCCCGGGACAAGCUGAACAAAAUCAAGAGCAUGGCCACGGCGGCACCAAGAAAGGCCAUCUUUUCCACUUUGGUCUCACCCAACUCCAUGGCCAAGGAAUCCCAGGAAGACUGGAGGUGA